AAAGUCUGUUUCCAUCAUGGCGGACUACACUGGUAUCCCGUCUGAUGUAAAAAGGGCAGAAUUUGAGCGAGCAGAAAUUAGAAACCAACUGAGAAGAGAGUUUCAACGUCAGCGUCAAAAUCCUCAUAUCACUGGGCGCAUUGAGGAACCAGCUGUUCAAAGAUGGGCUAUGGCAAGAGCUCAGGGUUAUAGCUAUUUUAAAGCAACGCCAAAAACAUCUAUUCUUGGAUUUUUGGUUAUAGUGGUGCCGCCUGUUAGUUUAUUUGCUCUAUUCCACUAUGACAGGAAACGAAGAGAGGAGAUGUACGACAAAGGCGUCCAGCAGAGACCUUAUAACUUGCUAUCUGCAUGAUUUCUAUUUGGUUCCAAGACCAACAAUAGGAUAGGAUAUCUGAAAUCAUCUUUGUGUGAACACUUUAGUAGAAGCUAUGGUCACCAGUCAUUUAAAACCGUUUCAGAUGCUUUUUAGUGGUUUAAAACCACAGGACAAAAAUCACUGCAAUUAGUACUGUCAUCAUGUAACCUCUCUCUUAUUCCAACAGAGGGUGCUAUUUACACUGAUUUUGUCUCCCGGAUUGCCUAGUUGGUUUCUUCUAUAUUGUUGCGUCUGUAUAGUCAUAAUGUAAAUUGGUUUUUGAAGCAUGAAAUAAACAGAGUUUUGAUUUAUAAGUUGACAAACA